GGUAUAUGUAGUAAACUGCAAACAAUUCUAUGUUAGAUGCAGAAACUGCAAAGUGUGGAUGAAUCAGCAUUUUUCUCAAAAAAGAAUCAGCAUUUUACUCUUUUGUCGAUGUUUCCGCAAUCUUCUUGUCAUUGAAAAACUUAAAUCACAGAAUGGUGCAUUCUUGAUGCAGGUUAUGAUGCGACCUAUGUUUGGUGCAUAUGGAAAGGCCGGGAGUUCUCACUCGAUUGCAUUUGUGAGCAAGGCUGCCAAAGAAGCUGGUGUUGCAUCAGAGUACAAACUAGCAAAGAGGGUGGAAGCUGUUGGUGGUGUCCGCCGUUUAUCGAAGCUGGACAUGAAGCUCAACGACGCGCUUCCCAAAAUCGAGGUCGACCCCGAGACCUACACGGUUACUGCUGAUGGAGAGGUCCUGACUUGCCAGCCAGCAGCCACGGUGCCAUUAUCUCGGAAUUACUUUCUUUUCUAGGCCACCAUUGUUCGAGCAAUUCUUGAAGGUCAAUAAUUCAUGAAACUAGCUUCAACGGUGACCUCGAGUUGCGCACGGGAGAUGUGCUGCUGGCUCGAAAUAAACAAUUAUACAUUUACGUGAAAAAAACACGCAUACAUAUUGCAAUACUUCAGUUUCU